AUGAGCAUGAACGUUCUGUUCGCCUUUGCAGCCGGCUUUACAGUGGCAAACCUUUACUACAACCACCCCAUCCUCAAUCUACUAGCCGCAGACUUCGGCGUGCGCUAUGAGCAAGUCGCACAGAUUCCCACUGUGAUGCAAGCUGGCUAUGCCGCUGGACUACUCUUUCUGUGGUUCACUGCGACACUGUGGCUAGGACUAUGUCUCACAUCUGACCUUGGCACCUUCACAGCCAUAUCGUUCAUCGUAGCGGUAACAACAGUAACCCCACAACUCAUGCUCCCGCUCGUGGGCGACCUAGCUCCUCCAUCACGCCGCGCAGCAGCCCUGUCUAUCGUCGUCUCCGGGCUCAUGCUCGGCGUGCUCGUUGCCCGCGUCCUCUCUGGAACGAUCUCGAACUUUGUUACCUGGCGCGCAGUAUACUGGAUGGCGUUUGCCCUACAGUAUAUCAUUUUCGUCCUCCUCUGGCUCUUCAUGCCAGAUUAUCCGGCGACCAAUCCCGGCAUGAACUACUUCCGAAUCCUACUCGACAUUGUCAAAAUGUUGUUCCGCCACCCCGUUCUCGUCCAGGCAUGUCUAGCAGGUCUCUUCUGCUCAGCGCCUUUUACAUCGUUCUGGACCACCCUGACGUUCCUCCUCGCCGGCGAUCCAUAUAACUACUCAUCCCUGACAAUCGGUCUCUUCGGUCUGAUAGGCAUAGCAGGCAUGCUCAUUUCACCCAUCUACGCGCGUACAGUCACCGACCGCUUCGUUCCGCAUUUCUCCGUACUCUUUGGCCUCACAUGCUCUCUCAUUGGUAUAUGUCUCGGCACCUACACUGGAACCUUUACGGUCGCAGGCCCUGUCCUUCAAGCCCUGUUGAUGGAUUUCGGCAACCAGACUGCGCAGAUCGCUAAUCGUUCGAGCAUCUACUCCGUCGAGCCUAAGCGGCGCAACGGAGUGAAUACUGCUUUCAUGGUCGCUACAUUCUGCGGUCAACUUAUUGGUACGGCGGCUGGGAACCAUAUUUACGCCGCUGCUGGUUGGAUUGGGAGUGGAAGUGCUAGCGUGGGUUUCAUCUCCGCAGCGCUUCUUGUCAUCAUUGCUAGGGGUCCAUGGGAGGAGAAAUGGGUUGGGUGGAGGGGUGGCUGGAGCAUGAUCAAGAAGGAUAAGGACAGUGCUGAUGGUAAGACGGCGGAUAAAGAGAUGCAUGGGAGAAAUGUGGUAAGAGAUGAAGAAAUGGGCGUUGAUGCUAAUGAGAAGGUAUUGGAGGAAGUUGCUACGGAAGAGGGGCACGAGAGUCCGUUGAGAGACGGUAAUGGCAGCGAGAAGAAUAUUGAAGAAGGUGGGGUUACAGAGCCAAAAGCAUGA